AUCCUCUCUUCUGCAAACCAUACCUUCUUUUUCUGUAAUAUUUUCCAAUGGCUCAUUUGACAAACCCUGGUCCAUUUCACCCAUCAAUCCCCAGACCCCUCCACAAUCCCGCUAGUGCUCCUGCGCCUGCUGCUGCUCAGCCGCAGGUCCAUGACCAUGGCGCAGCUCCAGCAAACCACAACCAUGACCAUCUUACUUCCACCACUCAGCUACGUACUGCCACUCCUGGUGCUAGCCAGCCACUCAUGAAGAGUCCUAGUGCUACUCAUGCACUCAUCAGGGGUGACCGCACCGCUGGCAUGUUAACCAUGUCGGAUGACCAUGUGAUGAUGAAUCAAAUUUUGGCCACCCAUGCACCUGAUGGCCGAGAUGUUGAUGUUCGGCCUCUUCUCUAUCUGGUCGAAGACAUCCUGAAUCGUGCCACCGAGCAUGUCGAUUUCAUCAUCAAGGGUACUCAGGCUCAAAUCGAAAUGGAAGAAAAGGCUCAGCAAGCAAAUUAUAUAGCUAUGCUUGAAGCUCUUACAUUUACCAUCGAUAGAAUCGCAUGCGAGCUAUCCUACAAGGCUUUGAGAGGUUCCGACCCUCACGCCACGACAACCGCGAUUUUCAGUUUUCUAUCAAGCUAUGCGUGGGACGCUAAGCUGGUGCUAUCUCUAUCAGCCUUUGCCUUGAACUAUGGAGAAUUCUGGCUUCUUGCUCAGAUUUACUCGACCAACCAGCUUGCCAAGUCGAUGGCGAUCUUGAAGCAACUGCCAUCACUUCUGGAGCACACAGCUCCGUUGAAACCCCGGUUCAAUGCGCUCAACACUUUGAUUCGGACAAUGAUGGAUGUAACCAGAUGUGUUGUCGAGUUCAAGGAUCUCCCCUCGAUGUACAUCUCACCAGACGCGCCGGCAUUAGCCUCUGCCAUGACCCUUAUCCCAACUGCUGUCUAUUGGACCAUCCGGAGCAUGGUGGCUUGUGCAACUCAAAUUUCUAGCCUCACUAGCAUGGGUCAUGAGUAUGGCGUUUCGGCAACAGAGUCCUGGGAGUUGUCGACGUUGGCUCACAAACUCCAGAACAUACAUGAACAUCUAAGGAAGCAGCUGAAUUUAUGUUACCAACAUAUCGAGGAAAAGAAAGAUGUUGACACUUUCCACAUGCUUCUGAAGCUUUUUGAUCCGAAUGUGGCGCACAUAGACAACAUGAAACAUCUAAAGGCCUUGAUUUAUGCCGGGGACGAUAAACUGCCGCUUCUUGACGGUGCUACAAGGAGAAAGGCUGGCCUAGAGGUUCUGAGAAGGAGAAAUGUGCUCUUGCUAAUUUCAAGCCUCGAAUUCUCAGGAGAUGAGCUUGCGAUUCUCGAUCAGAUAUACAGUGACACCAGGAUGCAUGAAGCAGGGAUGCAGAGCCACUAUGAGGUGGUCUGGAUCCCGGUUGUGGAACGUUCUGGUGUCCCAUUGAGUGAGGAAACACCAACCAGAUUCGAGGCCCUAAGAAGCAGCAUGCCGUGGUACUCAGUGGAGGACCCUUUUCUCAUUGAGAAGCCUGUCAUGAGGUUCAUUAAGGAGGUUUGGCACUUCAGGACCAAGCCAAUCCUUGUGGUCCUAGAUCCUCGAGGCAAAGUGCUGUCCCAAAAUGCAAUCCACAUGAUGUGGAUUUGGGGAAGCGCUGCAUUCCCCUUCACUAGUUACGAAGAAGAAAAACUCUGGAGUAAAGAAACAUGGCAGCUCAACCUACUCAUCGAUGGCAUUGACCCGUUGAUCCUCGACUGGAUUAAAGAUGGGAAAUACAUUUUCUUAUACGGAGGGGACGAUAUGGAGUGGAUUAGCAAAUUUGUAGCCUCAGCACGCACGGUUGCUUCCGCAUUUGGCAUUCCUCUGGAGAUGGUUUACGUGGGAAAAAGCAACAAAAGGGAGCAAGUGAAGAAAGUGGCAGCCAUUAUCAAAGAGAGGAAGCUUAGCCAUUGUUGGGAAGACCCGGCAAUGGUGUGGUUCUUCUGGACCAGGUUAGAAAGUAUGAUGUUUUCAAAGAUUCAAUUAGGCCGAGCCGAUGACCUCGACCCAAUAGUGCAAGGAAUAAAGAAGCUGCUUAGCUAUGGCAGAGAAGGUGGAUGGGCAGUGCUUAGCGAAGGGUCUAAUAUUCUUGUGAAUGGCCAUUCCACAACUGUUUUGCCUACCUUGGUUGACUAUGUUAAAUGGAGAGGGAAUGUUGCAGAGAAAGGUUUUAAUUUGUCAUUCAUAGAGUACCAUGAUCAGCUUCACAAUGUGGCUCACCCGUGCUGCCGUUUUGAGUUUCUGGCCACCACGAAGGCACCCGAAAGCAUAAGGUGCCCGGAAUGCCACCGCGUCAUGGAGAAACAUACUGCUUUCGUUUGCUGCCAUGAUGAACAAGCCAUCCCAGACUCACUGUUUGCAAGCUGAGAUGGGAUAUAUUUUGAAGAUCACUGUUUUUUUUUCAUAUAUGCCACUAUUGCCACUAAAUAAUUGAUGUUCCUAUGGGACUCAAAAUCUGGACUUUGCUUUCAGAUUUUCACUUCCCUUGCUUAAAUGUUUAUGUUUGCUAUAUAAUUUCUAUGAUUUUAAUAAAUAAUUGUGUUUGAUUUAAA